AUGACUACCAGUCCGACCUGCGUUUCUUCACUUCUCAACAUGUCCUCCUCCAGAAUAAAAAUCCCAGAAACCCCGUUGGCCAAAAUCAGUCCUUGUUCAAGGAAAAAAUCGGUUUUCAAUCGUUUCCGUCCCAUAAAAUCCAUUUCCACUUCAAUUGUUGAUAACCCAUCAGCCACAUUUUCGUCGUCUAGGUCUAUCGAUUCAGCUACAAUCUUCAAUUCGUUGAAUCUUGACCAAGACAGUAUCACUUAUCAAGAGGCUGAAAAUGCUGAGUCGAAAACCGGGGCUAAGAUCAAGGUCAAGGUGCCACUCAAAGUGUAUCACGUGCCCAAAACUCCCGAAUUCGAGUUGAUGGGUAAAGUUGGAGUUUUGAAGCAGUACGUUGGGGUUCAUAAGGGGAAAAAGAUAUCGGCUAAUUUGCCGUAUAAAGUGGAAUUUGUAGCUGAUGGUGUUCUGGGUCGUGAUGGCAAUCUGAUGAAAUUCACUGCACACCUUAAGGAAGAUGAGUUCGAGUUUCUUGACUGA